AUGAGCAAGAAGGUGGUCAUCCUGACGACGAGCGCCGACACCUUCCAGGGCCACGCGUCGGGCGCGUGGAUGGAGGAGGUGACGGGGCCCUACUACACCUUCACGGGCAAGGGCUGCGAGGUGACCAUCGCGAGCAUCAAGGGAGGCAAGGUGCCCAUCGACGCCUUCUCCCUGGGCGAGGGCUUCAAGACCGAGAACGACACGAAGUUCGAGACCACGGGCGACAUCAAGAUCCUGGAGAGCAGCGUCGCCGUCUCCGCGCUCUCGCCCGACGGCUUCGACUGCAUCUUCCUCGCGGGGGGGCACGGCACGGUGGUCGACUUCCCCGACGGCGCCGCCGACAUCGUCUCCAAGGCCGCCGCCGCCAACAAGGUCGUCGGCGCCGUGUGCCACGGGCCGACGGGCCUGCUCAAGGCGACGGUUGACGGCAAGCCGCUCGUCGCCGGCAAGAAGGUCUGCGGCUUCUCGAACGAGGAGGAGGCGGCGGUCAUCGGGAUGCGCAAUUUCGAGGAGAAGAUCCUCUCGCUCGAAGACGAGCUCCAGGCGGCGGGCGGCGAAUAUAUGCCGGGCGCCAUGUUCGCGCCGAACGCGGUCCGCGACGGCAACCUGAUCACGGGCCAGAACCCGGGAUCGAGCGUCAAGGCGGCCGAGCUCUGCUGCGAGGCGCUGGGGCUGUGA